AAACACAGGGUGUAAGAUAGUAUAAAUAUAGUCUCGUGUUACUUUCCUUUUGAAAAUCACCCCCAAAUUGAAAUUUAGGGUUUGUAGCAAUUCAAUCAUGUCUAACUUAGACUGCGUGGAGUCGGUGCCGAUAAAGCUAAACGCUGCUGUUGACGAUGAAAGGAAUGUGCGUGGCCUGUCGGACUACGAAUUACCCUCGCAGACGCCAACACGAAUAGUUUUGGUGAAGAGAAAGGCUGGUUUUGACGACAACUCUGUUUCCGACGACGAGGAGGAGAGCGGUGAUGAUUCUGAUUGUGAUGAGGUCUCAGAUAAUAAAGUCAGAGAAGAAGAAAAAAUUGUAUAUGCGGAGGAGGAGGAGGAUGAUGGUUAUGAAGGCAGCGAACAGCAGGAAAAGGACUUUGAGGAUUAUGUGAAAAUUGUGAAGGAGUCUGAAGGUUUUGAAAUCGGAAAAGGUUACAGAGGGUUUAUUAUUGGUGUUAAAGCCUCGGUCAAUCUGAAGGAUCCUGAGGAUAUUUAUACCAAGAACUGCAUUGAGGCUGUUCAUUCUGCAGUCAAGCAACAGAACGAUGAGAAGGGUGCAAAUUUGGAAUUCAUGGAGGUGACUAGCGCAAAUUGGACUUCAUUUGCUCUUUAUUAUGCAACCUUUAAAGCUAGAAACAAGACUACUAAUGAGGUGAACACUUAUCAAACAAAGGUCUUUCGCUGUUUGAUUGAUGGCGAGACUGAAAUUGAUUUGUUCAGGCUUAAACCAAUUCGAGAUAGUACAGCUAUCCAAGCUUAAUUGUAGCUGCAAGAUGGCAUAAGAUGCUUAUUGACCGUGGAGAUCUCCGACAGAUUCUUAAUUUCGGUGUUGUAAAUAGGUAGGUAGCAUGAAAACUUUUGGCUGGGACCAUAUGAUAUGUGUGGUUCUCAUAGGAGUUUAUUUGUGAUAUGUUUAGUUCUACAAAACACAUUUUGUUAGCUUUUAUAUAAAAUUUUAACCGGUGGAGAAAAAAUAACCAUAUGUUUAACAGUACAGGGUUGGCGGCUAUAAGAGAGAAGGGUAAAGUGAAAACAAUGUAAUAUAUGUCACCUUGCUUCAAUGGUCCAUAUCAUCCUUGCUAUGAUCAAUGGUUAAAUUAGUGGUUAUAAUAGCUUCACUUAUAAAACAAGUCGACUGGUAUUUUUGGUUCAGUAGUAAAAAAAGAGUCGAAAGAUAUUAUGUACAAGUUUUUUUCUAAUGAAUAUUAUGUACAAGUUUAAUGUUACUUAUAUUAAAAUAAUUUUAUUAUACCUAUUUAAAUGACUUUAUUAGUCAUUCUUACUCAUA